AUGGCUGGUGCACCACCUACACAAAGGAUGUCAUGCUGUGAUCAGGUCCAGAAGCGCAAGGAGGAGAAAGGCUCCUUCUAUUCUUGUUUGUUUGCAUUUUUCUGCUGCUGUUGCUGCUAUAAGACUUGUGAACCUUGCUUAAACGGCGUCUGCUGUUGCUGCCCUUAG